CGGAACUCCUGCCACCUGCCAUGAACGCACACCUCCUCUCCUCACUGCUUCUCUGCACUGUUUGCAGCAUAGUUUUCUUCACAAGUUCAGUCGCCGCACACACGUCCGCGUUGGAUCAUGUGACCUUGAUGUCAGUGUCAGGGGAGGGGCUUCAGAGCGCGGCGGGAGAAGAUUUGGAAUCGGAUGAUGAUCAGGAUCCAUCAGGAAUGUUCAAUGACCCAAAUUUGUUUAAAGUACACCAAGUGAAUGCAGAAGAGCAGAAUCACAGACCCUCUGGUCGCAAAAAGAACAAAGGAAGAAAAAAGAAUAAAAAAAUCACACCUGUUCAGCCCCAUCACACCUUCAAUCAUAAAAGCCAGAGCAUGACAGAUGACCCCUGCUUGACCUCUCAUCUCGACUAUUGCAUCCACGGCCACUGCACGUUCCUUCACGACCUGAGAGAGCCUGUUUGUGUAUGUAACAGAGGAUAUGAUGGGGAACGCUGUGGAAUCCAGCUUCUUCAGACGUCAGGUGAACGGGACGACAGCAGCACAGAGACGACACACACUGCACUCAUCAUCAUGGCCGUCAUCCUGUCUGUCAUCAGCUGUCUAGCCAUCCUUCUCAUGAUCUGUGUGCACUACAGAACACAUCACCGAUUACAGACGACUUUUCUGAGUUCAGCUAAUGAGACAGAGCAACUUGAGAAGAAGAACAUCGAGGUGUAAGGAGAUAGAAGUCUAAUGGCAGUCUCACCAAUGUUGAAUGCACUACAGAUAAAUUGCACAUAGAACGCUGUAACAAUAUAUAUAUUUAUUGUUUGUAACUAUUUAUUUACAAAGCUUAUUAUUUCCUA